CAUGUGGCAUGGGCUGGGGGCACAGGUCAGCCGGGAGGAGCUGGACGUCCCCCUGGAUCUUCACACAGCUGCUUCCAUUGGCCAGUAUGAAGUGGUGAAGGAAUGUGUGCAGCGUUCCCAGUGAGCCAAAGCAAAACCUUGCUGAAGCCCCAGGACUCCGGUUCCCAACUUGUGGUCCUCACUUAGACAUACCAGACCAUGGAGCGCUGGUGCAGCUUGGUACGGGAUAGUCUGUUGUGCUCCCCCUGCAGGAGGCUCUAGACAUAGGCAGUUGGGUAUGCAGUCAGUGCGACCCCUCACAGGAUCACGUUUGAAAUUCUCAGGCUCCUGAGUCUUUCGGUGUCCUGUUAAGAUGCAGAGUCCAGAAUGGCUCCGCAGAGGAGCAGCGGAAGGUGUUUGUGUUGUGGUGGGAUUUCGACACUAGCUGAAGUGGAGGCUUGCUGACAGAGAGAGUUAGAUUUGAAUAAGAAGAACGGUGGUGGCUGGACCCCGCUGAUGUAUGCCUCCUACAUUGGCCACGAUACCAUCGUGCACCUACUGCUUGAGGCGGGGGUGAGUGUGAAUGUGCCGACCCCAGAAGGGCAGACUCCACUGAUGCUGGCCUCCAGCUGUGGCAACGAGAGCAUCGCCUACUUUCUCCUCCAGCAAGGUGCAGAGCUAGAAAUGAAAGACAUCCAGGGCUGGACGGCCCUUUUCCACUGUACCAGCGCCGGGCACCAGCACAUGGUCAGGUUCCUCUUGGACAGUGGAGCCAAUGCCAACGUGAGGGAGCCGAUAUAUGGAUUUACUCCUUUGAUGGAAGCAGCUGCGGCUGGCCAUGAGAUAAUCGUGCAGUAUUUUCUGAAUCACGGAGUCAAGGUGGAUGCGAGAGACCACAGUGGAGCCACAGCCCGGAUGCUGGCCAAGCAGUACGGACACAUGAAGAUCGUGGCCUUGAUGGACACUCACUCGCCCUCUCUGCCCAAGAGCCUCUAUCGGAGCCCAGAAAAGUACGAAGAUCUGAGCUCCUCUGACGAGUCCUGCCCUGCUCCUCAGAGACACAGACCGUGCCGGAAGAAGGGUGUCAGCAUCCACGAGGGACCGCGAGCCCUGGCCAGGAUCACAGGCAUUGGCCUGGGCGGCAGAGCCCCACGGCCUCACUAUGAGCAGGCUCCUCCCCGGGGAUAUGUCACCUUCAGCAGCAGUGGUGAGAACCCCCUGGAAGAAGAGGGCCUCUGCUGCCGGGACGUCACCUCCCCCAUCAACGAGCGGGACGUGGAGAGCAGCAGCAGCAGCAGCAGCCGGGAGGAACAUGCUUUCUGUGCCAACCUGGAGCCUGUCCAGAGCAGCAGCAGCAGCGAGGGCCUGGCCAGAGCCCAGGGGCUGAGCAGCGAAGCUUCUGUGGAGAGCAAUGAGGACUCGGACCACGCCUGUAAAAGCUCAGCUCGCAAACAAGCUAAAAGUUACAUGAAGACCAAGAAUCCUGACAGCCAGUGGCCUCCCCGCACUGGGACUGACAGGGAAGAUUUUCCCCUUGAGUCCAGCCCCCAGACUCAGAGGGCCGCCUACUCAGGACCCCAGGACCUGGCCACACUGCUGGAGCAGAUCGGGUGUCUGAAGUACCUGCAGGUGUUUGAGGAGCAGGACGUGGACCUCCGCAUCUUUCUGACCCUCACUGAGAGCGACCUGAAGGAAAUCGGCAUCACGCUGUUUGGGCCCAAGAGGAAAAUGACGUCCGCCAUUGCCCGCUGGCACAGCAGUGCCCGCCCGCCCGGGGACGCCCUGGAGCUGGCCUACGCCGACCGGCUGGAGGCUGAGAUGCAGGAGCUCGCCAUCCAGCUGCACAAGCGCUGCGAGGAGGUAGAGGCCGUGCGGGGCCAGGUGUGCCAGGAGCAGGAGCUACGUGCCGUGGUGGAGAGCUGCCUGCUGGAGCAGGACCGUGCCCGCGAGGACCUCCAGGCCCAGCUGCAGGAGACGUGGGCCCUGGCCCAGGACGCUGCCCUUGUCCUGGACCAGUUGCGAGCCUGUCAAGCUGAGCUGUCAGCUCGAGUGAGGCGGGACCAUCCCCCUGGUGCAGCCACCCUGGGCCCAGGCCUCCCCACAGCUGACUCCAAGGGAUGGCAAGUGUCCCUGCAGGCCAUGAGCCUCCCCGAGCUCUCGGGAGCCCUGGAGGACCGUGUCCAUGAGAUGGGGCAAGCACUGUGCUCAGUGACCCAGAGCCUGGAGAAGCUGCAGGUGCUGAACGGGAAGAAGUGGCGGGAGCCCUAGCCCGCGGGCCGAAUCUGACGUUGGGUGAUUGGUCCACCCUGAAGCUGUGUGCCAGGGAGUGAAGAGGACAGUAAGCAGGCAGCUGCCACGUGCAGCCCAGGCCCAGUGGGGGCCAGAGGAUCAGGCCCCGGGAGCAGCCGGCAGACAGAGGCAAGACGGGCUGCGGCCCUGGUCGAGCAGCUCGGGCCAGCACUGAGGCGGGACGAGGGUCUCACCCAGAGCCUGGUGGUGAGGCCCAGAGUUCAUGGGCUGCCCUGGCCCAGACCAGGCAGGGCCCUGGGGGAAAGUAUAUCCAUACACACACACAGGUGCUAACUGAGGUGUAACCUUAGGGGUGAGGACUGGGGCACCUGGAAAAUGCCAUUUGUUGGAAAAUAAAAUUGAAGAACAGCUA